AAUUGAGAAAAACAUUAUCAUUGCUGUAAAUGAAGAGUUUUGUGUAGAAGAAGCUAACAUUGAUCUGAAACCAGGCGACAGAAUAGCUGUUAUUCCUCCACUAAGUGGUGGAUAGUAUAAACAUAAUUGUAAAAUGGAUUUUUUAAAGUUUUCUGAAGAGAAGCUCAAUGUAGAGGCAAUCUGUGACUUGGUCACAUCUCCAAAAUGUGGUGCUAUCUCGACAUUUAUUGGUACUACAAGAGACAACUUUGAAAAUAAAGAAGUAAUGAAACUUGAAUAUGAAGCAUAUGAAACAAUGGGAGUUAAAGCAAUGAAAAGUAUCUGUGAUGAAAUAAGAAAAGCAUGGCCUGAUGUCGAAAACAUUGCAAUAUAUCACAGACUAGGAACUGUGCCUGUCAAGGAAGCGAGCAUUGUAAUUGCAAUAUCAUCUCCACAUCGAGGUGAUGCAAUCAAAGCAACUGAGUUCUGCAUUGACAAUGUCAAAAAGAGUGUACCAAUUUGGAAAAAAGAAAUUUAUAAUGAAUCUGCAGUAUCCCAAUUUCCUUCCCAAACACGUUUCAAACGCACUGCCGAACAAAUCGUUGAUGUUGCUUUGAUUCCACAACAUCUAAUACAAAUCAAGGCAACAAAUGAAGAAAUAGAUGAACGAAUUGAACGUUUCAUGGAGCGCAAAAGGACCGAAGUUAAUCACGCAAACGUGCGUGAUUUUUGUCGACGAGAUCCGAGCAUUGAAGCGGAUGAUUCAUGUGCUCGCAUCGAUUCGGUGUUGAAAAAACGAAAAGAUUCGAAAGGACAUUUACAAGUCAACAAAGUGUAUAAUAAGUGUAGUGAACGUGAUCAAAACGGAUGCGAGUACUUACGUAAGCAUAUUCCAAAGAACGGUGUCCACGAGCGAAUCGCCAAUUUGGAAACACAAUUAUCAUUGGAUACUGCAGUGCCGAAAAAUAUUUACAAACGUUUAAAAUUAUUAGAAGACCGCCUUUUGCACCUUGAAUCUAUUUCACCGGAAUAUAUUCAGUUUUGGGAUAAAACAACGCUUGUAACGAACGGGCAGAAGCGAAAGAAGAUCUAUACGAUUGAAGAAAUUGAUAAUUUACUUGUGGCUGUAGAGAGGCGUCGAAAAACAUCACAAUAAAACCAUGUUGUUUGAUUAA